AUGGCUACAACCAACUUUUUAACGGUGAAAACGCAUUUAUCGGAAUUCAAACAUUCAGACAAAGAUACGUUGAGUGAAGCUUCCGAAAGUGGAACGAGUAAUUCUGUGACGUCAGCAGAAGACCUACAGAAAUUAGCCGUGAUUCUUGGGCUAAACAGUGCUGAAGAUGUGUACCAGGAAAGAUUCCGUGUUGACCGACGUCGUUUGGAAGCAAUGCUUGCUGAUAAUUUGGAUGAAUCACAAACAGCACAAGCAUUUUUCCACCGGGUUAUGACUGAAACGAAUACAUUAAUAAAUUGGCCGGCUCGUCUCAAAAUCGGUGCGCGUUCAAAAAAAGAUCCCCAUGUGAGAGUCGCUGGCCGGCCUAAUGAUGUGAAGCUGGCUCGAGAGAAAAUAAUUCAGUUAUUGGACACUAGGAAUAACCGGGUUACAAUGAAGAUCGAUGUCAGCUACACAGACCAUUCGCACAUCAUCGGAAAGGGUGGACUUACAAUCAAGCGCGUGAUGGAGGAGACGGGCUGCCAUAUUCACUUCCCGGACUCGAACCGCACCAGCACAGUGGAGAAGAGUAACCAGGUCUCCAUUGCUGGAGACAUGGAACGCGUCGAGAGGGCGAGAGCACGAGUUCGAGCCCUGACUCCACUGGUAUUUUGCUUCGAGCUACCGAUAGUGCCAAGCUCGCAGCCGCUGCCCGACAUCACCUCGCCCUACGUGCAGAACAUACAGGACCAGUAUAAUGUACAGGUAAUGCUGCGUAACCGCCCGAAGCUGCACGCUAAUCUGCUGGUGGUGAAGGGGGUGCAGUGGGAGGUGCAAGCCACCAUGGAGGCGACCAAUCUGCUCAUGAACUACAUGUGCGGACCGUUGGCAAGUCAAACCCAAGUGCAGAUGUCGUUGGAAAUAUCCCCAAUGCACCAUGGAGUGGUUGUGGGCAGGGGUGCGGAACAGCUGAAGGUGAUCAUGAAAGGCACUAACACGCAGAUCAUGUUCCCUGACGCUGACGACCCUAACAUACCGGUGAUUAAGAAGAGCUGCGUCACUAUCACUGGGAAUAUCAAGGAUGUUUAUGCUGCUAGGCAGCAGUUAGUGGGUAGUCUCCCAUUGGUGGUGAUAUUCGACGUGUCAGACGAGGCGUGUCGCAUUGAGAGCGAGCUAGCGAACAAACUGAUGCACAAGUACAACGUCUACAUCAACAUACGACGCAAGCCCAAGCAGGGAAUCACUUCCGUCGUUGUUAAAGGCAUCGAGCGCUGUGCUGGUGACAUCUACGAAGCUCGCCGCGAGCUCCUCGGUGACAAAGAGCCGGUGAUCACCGCGGAGAUACCAGAGUCUUACAAUAUUCCCUCUAUAUCUGCCAACAACUUGCCCAACUUUGGCGUGUUCAACCCGUUCUCGCCAACACAUGGGGCCAACAUGACAAACUCUCCUUGUUCCCCUUUCAACCUACCACUCUCGGAAUUAGCAAACUUUGCCGGUUUGUCGCCAAUGUUUGGCCACAACCCGCCAACGCCUGGCGGGUAUCCUAGCCCAUUGUCUCCGGUAGCAUUGACUCCCCCAGUAUACCCCAACUCCUGGAUGGUGCCUUCUCCUCAGCCCAGAAGCGGACAGUUCCACUAUCCCAAUUUGAUGCCUAAUCCGAAUGGUGUUAUGUACAAGAACCAGGGUGGUUCAUGGAACCCAAUGACGAAUGGAGCCGACAUCGUAGGCCUUCCUCAACAGAUGAUGAUGCAGACGCCUUACCAGCAAAUGCCAGCUGAUAACAGACCUACAACCCUGAGCCAGAUUCUUAACUCGAGCUCGCAGGCGAGCAGCGGAUACCAGAGCAACUUCACAGGCAGCUCCGUGUCGCUUGAUACUCAGAAUAUUUCUGGUGGCGGUGACGGCAGUAACGUGGUGUCUCCGUCGGUGUCCCCCAUCAGUAAGGGACACAGCAGCCACAGCCCCGCGCCCUCCACCGACGCGGAACGCUCACAACAGGAAUUAGCGAACAUAAUAUCAGACCUGCCGAUAUCUGACCGGCGCGCUGUAGGCUGUGAGAAAAAGACGUUGGAGGCACUGAACAAGCUGUCCCCACUCACUGAGUAUCGGAAGAUGAAGGCUGAAGCUAGUAAGGCGAUGCGUGAAAACGUAGGCAGCGGGUAUCGUGUACCGAACCAGCGCUGGUCCGGCUACUACUUCAGCCACACCUCGCCGGGUCCUAUCAACCUGACCGAUGUCAAUAACAACGAAGUUGUUACUCCGGAGAAGGGCUGGAACCGUUCGGAGCUGGUGCGUCCCAACAUAGUGGAGCAGACAGUGGUCACCCCGCCGCAGCCGGCCGCGCAGACUCCGCCGGCCGCGCCCUGUCGCUACCAGCAACUCAGCGCGUUACUACGGGACGUCGGCCUGCACAAGUACAUUGACUUGUUCAAGAAGCACGAGUUAGACAUGUCUACGUUCACGUCGCUGAACGAGGCGGACCUCGUCGAGAUCGGUGUCACCGCCUUCGGAGCACGUAGGAAGAUGCUGCUAUUGAUAGCAGAUCUCAAAGCCAAUAAAGGCAACUACCAAGGCUCUGCUGGCAGUGAGCGCAAGAUGGUGGGAUCACCGUCUCAGUUCGCGACCCUAACUCAAGACAAGUGGUAA